ACAGCAGGGGAGGUGUGGUGGGUGGGGGAGGGCUCAGAGGGGCACAGGCAGUGCCCCCUCCUUGACCUGCCAUGGAGGCAGUGAGCGAGAUGACCCCAGAACAGAGGCCAGCCAGCCUCCCCUCUGCGUCUUGUCCUGCGUAAGCUCCGCCCGCCCACCCUGACUCACUUCCUUUGCGAUAGAAGCGGAAACUUUCCAGCGGCCUCCCGGAGGCCAGACGCUCCCGGGACCCGCGGAACCCGCAGGUGUCACUGCCCUUCAGGCCCCGCCUUGCCGGGUCCAGUCUCCCAAGCCCCACUCAGCUGGCGGAGUUCAAGGUGGGCAUCCCGAGCAACAGCAGGCAGGGCGGCAGGGGGUCCGGAGCUGGACACAGCUGCAGGUACAGGGGUUUAGGGGAGUCCCCAUUCAGGCCUGCCUGCCUUCGCCCUCUCCCUGGCGCCUCCGGCAGCUCGUGCAUCCUUCCCGGGCCUCCAGCAGCCCUUUGGUCCAGGCUGCCGGCAGCCACACAGCUGUAGAUGCCUUCCUACCUUCUAGGGUCUGCCAGGGGCGGCGACCUGCGUGCACUGCAACCCAGCCAUGGACCAUGGCCAACCCAGCCCCAGUCCCGCAGCGCCCCGUGACCCCUGCGCCUGCGUGAUCGCGCCAGUGCGCGCGGUGCUCCGCCUGCGCCGCCGCGUCUGCCUCCUGCGCAAGCGCCGCCUGCUGCUGCCUGGCGUGGGCUCGACGGCUGCGGCCGACACGGGGCCCCGGACACCGCUGGCGGGAAAGGACCAGCCGCGCAUCUUCACCUUCGACGGCACCACACAGCUGGCCUCCCGGGCACCGCGCAAGAGGCGCCGACGCAGCCGCAUCGUGCUGUACCCGGAGAGCUCGCGCAAGUACCUGCCCCGCCCCGAGCGCCGCAGUCGCGCGCAGCACUGUCUGCUGCUGCUCGUCGCCAUCGUGGGCUUCCAGGUGCUGAACGCCAUUGAAAACCUGGAUGACAACGCACUGCGUUAUGACCUUGACGGGCUGGAGAAGGCGUUGCAGCGCGCCGUGUUUGGGCAGCCGGCCGCCGUGGGGCGCAUCGUGGCCCUGCUGCGGGACUACCUGGCCACGCACGUGCACAGUCGUCCACUGCUGCUAGCACUACAUGGGCCCAGCGGUGUGGGCAAGAGCCACGUGGGCCGCCUGCUGGCACGCCACUUCCGCGCAGUGCUCGAGGAUGGCGCGCUGGUCCUGCAGUACCACGCGCGCCACCACUGCCCCGAGCCGCGAGCUGCGCAGGCCUGCCGGGAGGAGCUCGCAUGGCUGGUGGCCGAUGUGGUGGCGCGGGCCGAGGCCGAGGAGAAGACGCCGCUCCUGGUGCUGGACGACGUGGAGACCAUGCCGCCCGCGCUGCUGGACGAGGUGCACAGCCUCCUGCAGCCUCAGCGCUCCCACCAGUUCCACAGUGCCAUCUACGUGCUGCUCAGCCGCGCAGGUGGCGGCGAGGUCACGCGCUUUGUGUUGCAGAACGCCUCCCGUGUGCUGCCGCGGGGGCCUGGGGGCGAGGGUGGGGGUGCCUGGGCGGAGGAGGAGCUGCGCGCCAGCCUGCAGGCGUUCCUGGUGCGUGAGCACCCGCUGUGGAGAGUCGCAGCCAUCGUCCCCUUCCUGCUGCUGGAAAAGUGGGACGUGGUCAGCUGUUUCCGGGAAGAGAUGGCCGGAGAGGGCUUUUUCCCAGAGCAGGCGCAGGCGGAGCGCCUGGCUGCACAGCUCAGCUAUUACCGCGUGUCUGGCCGCGAGUACGCCGUCACCGGCUGCAAACCGGUGGUGGCCCAGGUAAACCUCCUGUAGCGAGGUGCGGCUGGCCUCGUGGACCGUGGCGGGACUGCGGUGCUUUGGGGGAUGGUGCCCACCUUGUGGCGCCAGGAGGCCUCGAAUAAACCUGUUUGUGAAGGUGCACUAGGG